UCCCGGAAGUGGACCCGAGAGGAAGAAAGUACCAGGGUUGCUGGGGAUAAAUGAGUUUCUGGAAAUUUUAACUGCGAAUUCACAGAAUUUUGUGUGGCGUGUGUUGGCCAGGAGGAUCUCAGAGGUUUUAGUCACUUCACCUAAAGGAGCUAGCUUCUCUGGUGGGGCAGAAAGUGGCUCUGGCUGCGUGAGCCUCGGGGCUUCUGGUUAAGAAUACGUCUAAGAAAGCCGGUCUGCGCUCUUCCUCGGUGGCUACCUUAAAAGUUGUGUUGAUACUUUCGUGGCUUUACUAUGGCUCAGCGGGCAGUGUGGCUCAUAAGCCACGAACCGGGAACUCCACUUUGUGGCACAGUCAGAUUCUCCAGACGGUAUCCAACUGUUGAAAAAAGAGCCAGAGUCUUCAAUGGAGAAAGUUACGUGCCUGUUCCUGAAGAUGGUCCCUUCCUUAAAGCACUGCUUUUUGAACUGAGAUUAUUAGAUGAUGAUAAGGAUUUUGUGGAGAGUCGUGAUAGCUGUUCACACAUCAAUAAAACGUCCAUUUAUGGGCUCCCGGUAGGAGGUAAAGAACUUUGGCCAGUUGUUGCUUUUCUGAAGAAUGGCAUGAUAUAUGCUUGUGUUCCACUGGUUGAACAAACUUUAUCCCCUCGUCCGCCAUUAAUUAGUAUUAGUGGAAUUUCACAAGGCUUUGAACUUCUUUUUGGGAUACAGGAUUUUCUUUACUUAGGUCAAAAAAAUGACACUGAGCUAUAUACAAAAUUGAGCCAGUUGCCUGACUUGCUUCUACAAGCUUGUCCAUUUGGUACUUUGUUAGAUGCCAACUUACAGAAUUCAUUGGACAGUAAUAAUUUUGCUUCUGUUACUCAUCCACAAAAACAGCCAGCCUGGAAAGCUGGAAUAUACAAAGGAAAACCACAAGUUUCCAUUUCUAUCACUGAAAAGGUAAAAUCCAUGCAAUACGAUAAACAGGAUAUAGCAGACACCUGGCAAGUUGUUGGAGCUGUCACUUGUAAGUGUGAUUUAGAAGGAAGCAUGCCAAAUGUUACCAUCAGCUUGAGCCUCCCCACCAAUGGAUCACCGCUUCAGGAUAUCCUGGUUCAUCCUUGUGUGACGUCUCUUGACUCUGCCAUUCUGACUUCUAGUAGCAUUGAUGCAAUGGAUGAUUCUGCAUUUAGUGGACCUUACAAAUUUCCACUCACUCCACCUCUAGAGUCAUUCAACUUAUGCUACUACACUUCCCAGGUCCCUGUCCCACCAAUUUUGGGUUUUUAUCAAGUGAAAGAGGAAGAAAUACAACUAAAAAUAACAGUUAAUUUAAAACUUCAUGAAAGUGUGAAAAACAAUUUUGAAUUCUGUGAAGCUCAUAUACCUUUUUACAAUAGAGGACCAAUCACACAUGUGGAAUACAAAGUUAGUUUUGGCCAGCUUGAAGUAUUUCGAGAAAAAAGCUUAUUGAUCUGGAUUAUUGGACAAAAGUUCCCCAAAUCAAUGGAAAUUAGUCUUUCUGGAACUGUAAGUUUUGGAGCCAAGAGCCAUGAAAAGCAACCAUUUGACCAGAUUUGCAUUGGAGGUACAGCAUAUUUAAAGCUUCAUUUUAGGAUCUUAGAUUACACACUCACUGGAUGUUAUGCAGAUCAGCAUUCAGUUCAAGUUUUUGCAUCAGGAAAACCAAAAAUAAGUACAUACCGGAAACUAAUUUCUUCUGACUAUUACAUCUGGAAUUCUAAAGCUCCUGCUCCAGUAACAUAUGGAUCAUUAGUACUGUAAUUGUCUCAUGUUAAAUGGUACAAAUCUAACAUAAAUUAAGUCAUAGUCAUUUAUUUUUAAUGUGUAUGCAUAUAACCUAUGAGUGAAAAGCAUUGAUUUAAUUAUAAAAUGCUCUUGUUCAGUGUUUUUAGCCUGACUUAGUUUGAAAGAACAUUUUAAAGAUUAAUGUACCCAAUUGUGUUACCCUUUGAUUAUACUCAAGUAUGAUUCAGAGCAUAAAAUGUAGUGACUUACUUUCAGCUUACUUUAGGCUAGUCCUGGGUUACCCUGCCACACGUGUUUCUUCCUGCCCCUGUGGCAGACGUGGCUAAUCAGUCACAGCCCUCUUUCUCCACUGAGCCUUCCUGGAUAUGAGCUCAGGCUCCUUCUCAGCCAAGAGCUGCAGGCAGCCCCUCCUAAUGGAUUAUAGAUGAUGUGCAAGAUAAAAAAAACUAUUUGCUCUUCCAACCUAAGUACUCGUACAAUGUGUUGUUCCAGAAUGCCAAAGACCACAUUAGAAAAUGUAAACCUCUUGAGAAAACAGCCAGUGGAAACAAAGGAAAAUUGUUUAAGUAGGAACCUGUUUUUAAUCAGAACUAUCCAGCUGACUAAUAAAGAAUCUGCAUAAUUCUGUUUAUGGUGUUUAUCUCUGUUUUAGAGUUCCUUUUCAGGCAAGCUUAUUAAUCUGCCACAGUAACAUUUUGUUUAGGAUAUCAGUAAGCAUUUUAAGAGGGCUGGGAUACCUUCAGAAGAUGAGCAUAGUGUUUUGUGACUACUGAAUAUCUGCAGCCAA